AUGAUUAUAUGCACUGCCGUGACGCUUUUGGAAUUGGUUCCAGUGUUGGCAGUACUGAUGGAAGAAUUCAUGAUCAUCUUAAUGCAUUCCUCAGUUUUCUUUAUCAUCUCGAAGGGAUUCUUGCGAAGACUGAUGCUUAAGGUCAUAUGGUGCCACGAAAAACAUCAAUCUGCUAGCAGAAACUUGAAUAGUCGACCAAAUUGGAAAUACAGCGUCUGGGGGUGCAGACUGAGAUUGCAAUCGACAAACAAGCAAUUGUCUACUCAAAAUCCAGAAAGGAUCAAGAACGCACUUGAUGAAAACUUUGGAAAAUGGAAAAUGAAUGAAAUUGAAUAUAAAAGAUGUGCGAUGUUUUAUAAAUCCUGGAAUAUGUCGGAAAAUGGAUUUUAG